AUGCCGCCCUCGCCGAGGAGGAAGCGGAUAGAUGUCCAAUUCACAUUGAAGCGAGUCUUCAAGAAGGCUGCUUUCCGGCCCCUGCAGCUGGAGGUUAUCAACGAGGCCAUCGCCGGCAACGACAUCUUUCUCUGCGCCGCCACUUCGUUCGGCAAAUCGCUAUGCUAUCAAUUGCCAGCCGUCGUCGCUACCGGCGUGACCGUCGUCAUAUCACCACUGCUGGCUCUCAUGACAAAUCAGGUCAAUGCCGCAAGUCAACUGGGAAUCCCCACCGCGCUCAUUUGCUCCACCACAUUACGGCCAGAGAGGGACAGGAUCGAGACAGAUUUAUUGUGUGGCCAUCCCGAGACCCGGCUUCUCUAUGUGACCCCGGAGUUGUGUUCCUUCGACCGCUUCCGCAAAAUCCUCUUGCAAGUCCACCGUCAAGGCCAGCUGACCAGGAUCGCUAUCGAUGAAGCACAUUGUAUCAGUGAAUGGGGACAUGACUUUCGACCGGCCUACAAGGAGCUGGUUUGGCUCAAGAAGAACCUUGUGCUACCCAGUGUACCCAUCAUGGCGGUGACUGCAACAGCAACCAAGCAGGUCCGAGAUGAUAUCUUCACCUUUCUAGGCAUGAAGGAUGCCACUGUCUUCACUACAUCCAGUGCUCGGCCCAAUAUCCACUACGAUGUCCAAUACUUUUCCGAAUCGAAUCCGCAAAAUUCCGAGGGCGACCUCUAUCCCUUUCUCCUCGACUGGCUGACACGAAUGCAUCAGCGCCGCGUCGUUGGCAGUCUGAACGCACCCAAUGCCUAUUCCAAGGCCACUAACGGCAUCAUCUACUGUCCCACCCGGGCCUCCGCCGAUGAACUCGCCAACCGUCUGGCCAGCAACGGGAUCCGCGCCUCAGCAUACCAUGCAGGUCUCGAGCCCGCCACCCGCCUCAAGGUUCAAGCCGACUUCCUAGCCAGCCCGACCAUUCCCUCGGAUCAAGUCGAGUCUCUCGUGGCCUCAUUCAACCUCAUCUGCGCCACCACCGCCUUUGGUAUGGGCAUCGACAUGCCCAACGUCCGCUUCGUCGUGCACUACGGCCUGCCCCGCGGCAUGGAGUCCUACAUCCAGGAAUCCGGGCGUGGCGGGCGAGACAACAAAGGCGCCGCGUCCGUCAUACUGUACACCCGCGAGGACAAAGACCGCUGUCUCUGGCGAUUAGGGCAGGACAUCGCAAAGGAGAAGAACCCCAAGACCGCGGAGGCCAAGAAACACAGUUUGCAGAAGAUGAUCGAGUUCUGCGAGGCCACGGAUCGGUGCAGGCACGAGCUGGUGGCGGACUAUUUUGACGGCGGCUGUGAGGAAGGGAAGGCAAUGUGUGAUUACGCGUGCGACCAUUGUAAAGAGGGUAAGACUGAGUUGCAGAAGCGGAAGGAAAGAGGGUUGGCCACCGAGCAAGACGCGAUGGAGUACACGCAACGGCAAGGGCUGGUGGGAACUUAUGAUUAUGCUUGA